CAGAAACGUUCCUAAAUCUCGGCCUUUCUUGGUCUCGUCCAGAGGCCAUUCCUCGCACAACUUUAGGAAGCGGCGGUAACGAGUGGCAGCCAUCACUAGCUCUGGCUGUGUUGGGUAAUUACGUCCUUGCUUUUGUGCUUUCUCGCUCGCCGUAGUCGGUGAGCACGGCGCUAUUUCCGGUUUGCUCCACCUUGCUGCUUCUUGCUGCGUCUCACCGGCUGUCCGUUAGCAUCAUGAGCGGAGCCACGGUCAAAAAGAGUCCGCCCGGCCCGUCAAGCAUGGUGGAUUGGAUCACUUCGGCGUGUCGCUUUGCUGCAGACAGAAACGAUUUCAGAAGGAAUCUUCUCGUUAACCUGGGGUUGUUUGCAGCUGGUGUUUGGGUGGCAAGAAAUCUCUCUGAUUUUGACUUGAUGGCUCCACAGCCUGUCACAUAACACUCUAACAUCCUGGAUGAUGGUGUCUUAAAGAAGAAAGAAGAUGCAUGAUAUUUGAAGACUUGUUUGUGGUUAAUCCUAGUUUGAAAUGUAUCAUCUUUCGUUAUUGUUUUUUUUGUUUUUGCAAUAAAUCAAGUUCCUUUUGAC